CAGUCGGGCUGGAACGCUGCUCCUCCUCCCUUGGUCCAUCCCUGCGUCGGCCGGUCUAACCGGUGUGUUCUUCCUGUAUCUCGCUCAGAACCGUCGCCCCACUCCGCACUGACAGCAGCAAAUCUCUGCGUCUCUCUCUCUCUCUUUUACUCUUUCUGUCUGUGAGCCCCAUCUUGACCCCACCACCGUUGCCGCGCCUCCACCAUGGGCCGCCUCGCCAAGGAGAUCUCCGGGCAGGUGCUGUGCUUCAUCGGCUUCGUGGGCGUCUGCCUGACCACGGGACUGCCCAUGUGGCGCGUCACCUCCUUCAUCGGCGCCAACAUCGUGACGGGCCAGGUGGUCUGGGACGGCCUAUGGAUGCGCUGCGUGAUGCAGGCCACGGGCCAGAUGCAGUGCAGCAUCCAAGACUCCAUCAUGCGGCUGACGCAGGACCUGCAGGCCGCGCGCGCCCUGGUCAUCAUUGCCGUCAUCAUCUCCUUCGUGGGCAUGAUGCUCACCUUCAUCGGCGGCCGCUGCUCCAGCUGCCUGAAGAACGAGUCCAGCAUGUCCAAGGUGGUCAUCACCGGCGGCGUGCUCUGCAUCGUGGCGGGCGCCGUCUGCCUGAUCCCCGUCACCUGGUCGGCCUCCUUCACCAUCCAGGACUUCCAGAGCGUGCUGACCACCGAGACCCAGAAGCGGGAGAUCGGGUCAUCCAUCUACAUUGGGUGGGGUUCCGCGGGGUUCCUUAUCCUGGGGGGCGCUCUGCUGAGCAGCUCCUGCCCCAAGAACGAGAUCAACUACCCCCCACAGCCCAUGUACCCCUACAGGCAGCCGGGCGUCUACGGCCCUGGCACGUACAUGGCACCCUCCAAGACCUAUGCGCCCAGCAUGACGUACGCUGGUACAGGGUCGUACAUGCCCAACAAGCCCUAUGCCGCACCACCUUACGCGGCACCCAGGCAGUAUCUCUAAUAACGUGGACUACAUGAAGAUGACAGGACUUGGGGUCCGUGGGGUUUGCUGAUCAUUUAUGGAUCAGCGAGUUUUUGAGCUGCACUGGAGAGCCUUUCUGAGAGAAUGUUUACUAUUUACUCUUUCUGAAGUGUGUUGUUUGUGUAUCUGCUGAGUAGUCUUAGCAUGUUGGCAUUGUGUAGAGAAACAAAAUGGUGUGUUAAAAUGGCGUAGCAAAACCUCAAAUGUUGUGAUGUUGUCAGGUUUAUGAAAGGUAUCCACUGUCAUACAAACAAGUUUGCACGAAUUUAUACUCCUGUUGAAGUGACAUUUUCAUGACAAAUGUAAAUAGAAAACUGUAAAAAGAAAUGCUGAAUUGCUCUUGAUGUUCAUGUCUGAAGUGUGAUCUGUAUUAUUAUGAAAAUACUUUGACAAUAAAUCAUAUUUUAUAAUAUC